GUUGACAUUCGUAUCAAAACAAACUAAGUGACGACGUCGAGAUGGAACCUGCCUUGUUUUUGUGUGGGAAUAAAGUUGCGGUUCUAGAGACCAGUUCAACGUUACUAGAUGCUAUCGAAAUUCUAACCAACCAAUUCGGAGUCUGUACCUCAGACGUUUACUUCACCAGCAAUGGCAAGCUCGUCAACAAUGCAACUUCCCCACUGUCCCAUAACAUCCAUGCAAACAUUCGCUGCAAUGGAGGUAAAGGCGGUUUUGGAUCAAUGCUCCGUGCUAUUGGGGCACAAAUUGAAAAGACAACAAAUCGUGAAGCCUGCCGGGACCUAAGUGGACGUCGCUUGCGGGAUAUCAACGAGGAGAAACGCCUGAAAGCGUGGCUGGACAAACAGAAAGAUCGAGAAGCUGAAGCGGAGGAGAAAAAGCGAAAGAAGUUGGAAAAACUGAUGGCUGUGCCAAAGCAUGACUUCAAGGAUGCUGAGUAUGAAAGUGCCCGCUCUGAUCUAACAGAGAAAGUCAGUGAAGCAGUGGAGGAAGGUUUUAAGAAAGCGAUGGCCAAGGGUGGCGGCGGCCCGUCUACUGCGGGCGUGAAAAGGAAAGCCGCCGAGGAUUUAGCGAAAGAAAAGAAAAAGAAACCAGCACUUUGGAUCGAUGAUGAUUUGAGUUCCUCGACCGACACAAGCGAUUCAGACGACGACGAUGGAGGCAGCAGCCAAAAUGAGGGGCGACAUGGUUCCAGCGAAGACUCAAACAGAAAUUCAGAUAAACCAGAGACUUCCAACGCACCACAAAGUAUCAAACCCGAUGGCAAUAAAACAGAAACUACUGAAUCGACGGGCCAGAAACUUCCAUCAGGGGAUCUAGCCGGUAGCAACGGUUCGACCGAAUGCAGUGAAAAUGAAGCGGACAAAUCUGAAGAUACUCCUCAGAGCUCCAGUAUGGGUGCAGUUGCAAGUGGAUAGCUAUAGAUACACAUGUAGAUAUCAGAGAACAUCUAAUUAAGUUACAUGUUAAAUUAAAAAUUUAAAUAAAUACUCUUAGGACGACA